CAUGUUUGCCUGCAACCACCCCGUAAAUAUACAGCACGAGAUCCUCUUUCCCUCCGUCACAUGGGCACAUUGUACAUAACUUGCAACCCACACUCGCUAGCUUCAGAGGUUCAGAGAUCACGUAUCGCCUGGGCGCUGAGCUUACUGGCCUGGGCUUUGUUUUAAAGAUCUUCUGUGCGACGUCCUUGCAUUCUUUCUCUCCAGGGUCGAACCACCUCUUUUGCACAACCCUUGAAAUCCGACCAUUGACUUUAGAGUUCUGGAGUGACACUCAAUCACAACCCCACCAGUUCACCAAUGUCGUCCACAGUAGCGGCUGUGGCGAGUGCGUCGCCCACCGCGCCAAUCAAGGCGCCCCCCCAGGCGGGUGUCCUGGAUGGUGUCAAUCCGGUGCAUUUCGAUGCGAAGAACCCGAUUAUCUUGUUCAUCGUCCAGGCCUCUAUUAUCAUUAUAUUUUGUCGAGCCCUUAACUGGCCUCUUUCCAAGAUCCGCCAGCCACGAGUCAUAUCAGAAAUUAUCGGUGGCAUCAUCUUAGGCCCAUCCGUCAUGGGCCGCAUACCAGGCUUCAGAGCAUCGAUAUUCCCAGAUGCGUCUAUGACUAACCUCAACUUGGUCGCCAACUUGGGUCUUACGCUCUUUUUGUUCAUCAUAGGCUUGGAAGUAGACUUGCGCUUCUUGCUGGGCAACUGGAAAGUGGCCUUGAAUGUCGGUCUCGCGAGUAUGGCUAUACCGUUUGGUCUAGGAUGUGCCAUUGCGGUGGGCCUGUACAAUGAAUUCAAGGAUGAGCCCGGAACGGUCCAAGUCGAAUUCCCAAUUUUCAUGCUUUUCAUUGGUGUAGCUAUGGCAAUCACAGCUUUUCCAGUGCUUUGCCGUAUCCUUACCGAACUAAAGCUGCUCAUGACCCCAGUCGGUGUGAUCGUUCUGGCAGCUGGUGUUGGUAACGAUGUAGUAGGUUGGAUUCUCCUUGCGCUCUGUGUCGCCCUCGUCAACGCCGGCUCUGGUCUAUCGGCACUUUGGGUGCUUCUAACAUGUGCCGGGUUCAUGGUGUUCCUCGUCUAUGCAGUUCGACCGGUCUUCGUAUAUGUCUUGCGUAGAUCCGGCGCUCUCCAAGAUGGACCCAGUCAAGGAAUCAUCAGUCUUACGCUCUUGAUUGCAUUGGGAUCAGCUUUCUUCACCGGUAUCAUUGGAGUCCAUCCAAUUUUUGGAGCCUUUAUGGCAGGCCUCAUCUGUCCUCACGAGGGUGGAUUUUCCAUCAAGGUUGCUGAGAGGAUUGAGGAUCUGAUAGGCGCCCUGUUUCUGCCUUUAUACUUUACCCUCUCCGGCCUCAACACCAACAUCGGCCUCCUUGACUCUGGUAUCGUUUGGGCUUACGUUGUCGGCGUUGUCGCAGUGGCGUUCUUCUCCAAGUUUAUAAGCGCUACACUUGCAGCUCGUGGAACGAAGAUGUUGUGGCGCGAGUGCUUCACCAUUGGGUCUCUGAUGAGUUGUAAGGGUUUGGUCGAGCUGAUCGUGUUGAACAUCGGGUUGAACGCAAAGAUUCUUAGCACCCGCACAUUCACCAUUUUCGUCGUUAUGGCUCUUGUUACCACAUUCCUGUCAUCGCCUCUCGCAUCGUUCUUCUACCCUAUAUGGUAUCAGAAAAAGGUCGAGGCUUGGCGUCGCGGUGAAAUUGACUGGGAUACCGGGAAGCCCUUGGAUGGAGCCGAAAGCUCUCGAGACAGUAUUCAUUACAACAAACUGGAGGCCGAGAAGGUCAAACGACUAACUGUGUACCUGCGCCUGGACAGUAUGCCAAACUUGCUGGCCUUUACUUCGCUCUUUGGUGGACAUUCGGACAAGCCAGUGACCAAAGUCCACCCUACAAAAGCCACGAAUUCAGAAAAGGAGACCGGAGGUCCAUCAACUUCGAUUGAGGCUACCCGACCAGUUGAGGCAUAUGGCCUACGUCUUCUCAACCUGACGGACCGUGGCUCUUCAGUCAUGCAAGUCUCAGAGAUAGAGUCCUACACUGCCUAUGACCCCGUCGUCAACACGUUCCGAACGUUCGGAAGACUACAUAACCUAGCCGUCAGCGGCGAGGUCCUCGUUGUACCGGAGUCAUCUUUUGCUGAAACACUCAGCACGCGAGCCUCAGAUUCCGACUUCCUUGUACUCCCUUGGAGCGAGACAGGCGGCAUGAGUGAACAGGCCAUCAUCGAAGACAAGGGCACAAAGAACAAGCUCGCAGCCUCCUCUUACGUAUCCUUCGUCAAUUCGACACUGGAGCAAUCCACCAUCCCGGUAGCUGUUCUUAUCAACAAGAACUUCGGAGGGAGUAAGAACAAGGACAAAAAGCAUGGUUUGAGACUCACUCGCAAACUCAGCAGCGUCAGUCUGUCCAGUGCGCGCGACAAAACAGUCACAGCCCCCAUCGCCGACCGCAGCCACCACAUCUUCAUGCCCUUCUUCGGCGGCGACGACGACCGCGCCGCGCUCCGCCUCGUCCUCCAACUCGCCGAGAACCCACAAGUCACCGCCACCCUCGUCCACUUCGAUGUCCCCGACUCCUUCCUAGGCAGCCCAUCGACAUCGACAUCCACCGCGACUAAAACCCCCAACACAACAGUAACCACAACAUCGCCCUCCUCGCGGGAACGAGACGCAACCUUCUUCGCCUCGCUCAGCGCCUCUCUCCCCGCAGACCUCGCAAACCGCGUCGUCUUCGAGACAAGCACGAGCACAAAUCCCAUCAGCGACGUCGUGGCGCGUGCCAGCAUCGAGGUCGGUCAAGCGCCCAAGAACGCCGGCGAUCUCGUCGUCCUGGGCCGGAAUAUCGGCCGCAAUGCCGCUUUGGAUGUGCACGACGCAGAGGAGAUCAGGAGCUCGCAUUCUGCGGCCAGUACGCUGGGGUUCUUGGCUGAGAAGGUGUGGGAGGGGAAGCUGAGCGCUAGUGUUUUGGUUAUCAAGGCUGGGGUGCGGUGACGGCGGGGUUCGUGGUUUGGUGUAUCUGCUUUGAUCUAUGUCUUUGUUUAGAGUGUUGCGUGGAUGUUAUGCAUUGAGGUGGGAGGGGAUCUUGGGCAUUGUUCUGGCGCAAGUUUGGGUAGCAGGUUGUUCAACAUCUGAAGAGGAUGUUAGCAUGGAUAGGACGUUGAAGAGUGUACAAACGACUAUCGCCUUCAAGACUUUCUCUGCACGUUUCGGUGGUAUGUCAUGUCGGGAACUCGUCGUGCAAUAAUGUAAGGACUGGAAUUCUUCUUCCAGAGGCACAUUUCAAUCCCAUCGCACAGUCACGUUUCAAGCUUCAGAGCAAUCCGCAUGUCACGACAUGACCGGAGACAAAGACAGAGUGAAAA